GUCCAGCAAGAACAAAGGAACCACACUGCAGAACCUGUAAUAGAUGACUAUAAAAAGAUGGGGACUCUCUUCGGCGAACUAAACAAAAGCCUUAUCAGAAUAGGCUUCACAAGGAUGUACUUUGGAGAACGGAUAGUAGAACCUGUAAUAAUUAUAUUCUUCUGGGUUAUGCUCUGGUUUCUUGGCCUACAAGCUCUUGGACUGGUUGCUGUUCUGUGCCUUGUCAUUAUUUAUGUACAACAGUAA